UCGGAUUCGUACAGUCUCUAAUAUUGCAGGAUUUAGUUUAGCUGCGUUGAUUAACGUGCGAUUAUUUUUCCACAUUUUCCACAUAGCACAAUAUAACCACAAAGCAAAGACUUUGGAACAAUGCAAGGAUGAAGUAAAAGAGGAGUUCGAACAGGGUUUAGGCAAGAGAGGAAUUGAACCUGAGACUACGCGGUUGUCAAGCAAACAGCUCGAGUCUAGAAUGAAGUCCUUAAGAUCAGAACAGGAAGGCCAUGCCAAGAAAUUUAGAAAUUUCAAGGAAAUUCGAAAGCGAAAAGCUGAAGAAGUUGAUAACUUGGCGAGGAAAACAUCAAAUAUAAAAAAGUUGGCAAAGUCUGAAGAUCAACCUGAAGGUAUUGGUUCAUUCAUACGGCGCUCUCCUACUUUGAAGCCCUCGUUAAAAUCUACAGCAAGUGCCAUCAAUGCUGUCAGAGGUUUUGCAUCUCCUAAAGCAGGCUUGGAUAUUAAUUCUGCUGAGCUCGCGCUGAAAAGACGUAGCAGUUAUACCGAACCCACUUCACCGAAAGCAGAUAUGUCAUUCACUACGACCUCGGUGACUGAACCUUCUGAAAGCGUGUCAGAGGAAAGCAGACAACACGAAGUAGAUAACAUGCAGCACGAGUUAACCGAUGAAGGAUCUGAUGAAGAUGUCGAUUGGGACUCAGCCUUGAGUGAGGAGGAUGCCCAUGGUCGGAAAAUGGUUCCGAAGGUUUCUGUUCAUAUACCAUCACAAACAUCUCAGGUGCAAGAACUUGCAUCCAGUUUAGAGAGAAGCUUAAAGAGAUCAUCGAAAAUUAAAAAACCUGCAGGUGCUGUGGCACUUAUUCAUUCGACCCCAAACUCCGCUGUUUUACCCUCGUCCAAUGUAAAUAACUUCGAGGACGAGAGCGAUUUUUUAUCCAGUUCUCCCGAGCCCGACAGCAAUAAAAAACAGACAGGACUUACGAAGAAACCCUUACAAUCUAACGGUGGUCGACUCGGUGGCAAUGUUGCAUUUGAUAACGUACCUAAGAAAGGUGUUAAGUUUAGUGGUAAUAAUUAUAGUGAUUUCGAUGACAGUGAUUUAGAUAUUGAAAAUAUUUCUUAGCAAAUACGUUAUAUUUUUACCCUUUUAUAUUCACGUAAUUUGUAGCUAUAUACAUAUCUAAGUUAUUUUGUGAAAUUUAGUAAUAUAUUGGAACUCGAAGUUUUGUAAACUAGUAAAACAGGUUUACAAUUAUAUGACGUCAUUCAAGUGGGAA